AUGCCUCAGAUGAAGAUCCCAUACAAUUGUCUUUACACCUACGGCAAUGUCCUAUUUGCCACCCGAGGCGGAAAGAUUCACACCUUUCGCCUUGCCGACGGCGCUCACAUCGCAACAUGGAAACACCCCGAUCUGGAGACAUACUUGGCGGCAGAUCUGAAAGCGUCCGUAGCCGCUGAAAGCUUGCCCGAAGACGCAGACGACUCCGUCAUGGCGGACGAGGCCGGACAGCCUCCUGCGAAGCGCCAAAAAGUGACCGAGGGCGAGCAACCAGACAACGAAGACGAGGACAAGACCGGCACCAAAAGGAAAAAGCGCCGGGCCAAGGGUCAGGGAAAGCCGAAGUUGACCCUGGUGCCUGACCGUCCCGUCAUCAUCCAAUUGACAACCACCGGCAACGGAAGCCACCUGGUUGCCGUGUCGGGCCAUGAUAAGGCAGUUUGGGUCUUUACACACGAUGGCAACGGCCAACUCUCACAGCUCAGCAAAAGAGUUAUGCCAAAGCGGCCCUCCUCCAUAACAGUGUCGCCAGACUCUCAGAUCAUCGUCGCCGACAAGUUCGGCGACGUCUACGCCAUCCCCCUCCUCAAGAGCACCGAGCCCUACGUGCCACCGCAAAACGCCACCUCCUCCUCCUCCGGCUCUUCAAAGCCGUUUUCCAAACCCGCCGCCACCGUCCUCACCGUGCACUCCAAGGGUAACCGCGCCGCGCUCGCCGCGCAGCAGCGGCAGCUCGCGAACCCAAUUAACCCCGCAGACCAUGUCAGAGCCGAAGGCCCGGACUUUGAGCACACGCUGCUGCUGGGGCAUGUCUCCAUGCUGACGACACUUCUCCUGGGCGAGGAUGUGCAGCGCCGGCGGUACGUGCUCACGGGCGAUCGCGACGAGCACAUUCGCGUGUCACGGUACAUGCCCCAGGCGCACGUCAUUCACGGGUACUGCCUGGGCCACAGGGAGUUUGUCGGGGCCAUGGUGAUUCCGGCUGGGCGCGGGGCGGUUCUUGUCUCUGGAGGCGGUGAUGAGGACUUGUUCGUCUGGGACUGGAUCCAUGGCAAGCUUCUGUCGAGGACGAGCAUCCUAAUGCCCGCCCACGAAGUUACCCCACAGGCAAGCAGUGUCGCUGUUUCCAAACUCCUUGCUCUCGAGCACCCUUGCGAGCAAGGUACACAGACCUUCAUUGUUGCAAUCUGCGAAGGCAUCUCUGCCGUUUUCACAUGGCAGCUUCUCCAUGACAACACCUUGACCAGAUCAGGCAUCAUCCAACUCCCUGGUAAGCCCCUGGAUAUCGCCACCAGCAUGACUAGCGACGCCGCGAGCCUCGCUAUUGCGCUGCAUAUUCCCGAGCGUUCAGAGGCUUGCGGUGCGCAGAGCCUCCACAUCAUUCGCCUCAUGAAUGACGACGGUCGUCUCACGGUCGACACCGUUGCGCCCGUACAUGACGAGUCUCAGGAGGUUCAGGAGCAAACUGUCGCCGAAGUAGAUGUCCACAUGCUAUUCUACACAGUGGCGCACCUGCGCAAGCAGCCGGUGGGCGGCGGUCUGGAGGAGGUCGAGGGAGAGCAACAGGAAGGAACCGUUGCUGAAGAAUAG